UCUCUACAACUCAACUCACUCAAACCCCAAAACACAUACAAAACAAUCAAAAUGAAGACUUCUUUUCUCGUUACGUUCCUGUUGGCUGCAGCUGUCUGCACCCACGCCCUUGAAGAGGUGAAGGAUUCCAACGGAAAUCCAGUUAGGGUCGGUGCACAAUACUUCAUCCAGCCGGUUAAGACCGAGAGUAACAACGGGGGAGGUCUUGUUCCAGCUGCCACUAACAUACUUCCGUUUUGUCCACUUGGCAUCACCCAAACACUUCUUCCCUACCAACCGGGCCUGCCGGUUAGCUUCGGAUAUCAUCCAAACAUUCUCGGCCGAGACACCAUUGACACAUCUGCCGAUAUAAACAUCGAGUUCAGGUCCCCAAUAUGGCCUGUCUGCACCGAGUUUUCUAAGUUGUGGGCAGUCGAUUCCUCAUCCGCAUCCAAGGAGCCUGCCGUUAUCAUCGGUGGUGAACCGAAGAGCCCAAAUAGUGCGUUUAAGAUAGAAAAAGCUGCAGGAGCACACACUUACAAGUUGACCACCUCAUCUGGAACCGUUGGAACCACCCCAGGGGCUUGGUUGAGUGCACCACAGCUACUUGUCACCAAUGAUGUGGCUAAGACUUUAUUCGUCAAGUUUGUGAAGGUUGAUAAUGAUGCUACUACGGCUACUACUUCUACUUCUCGUGUUGAGAAGUUAGGUCUAAGAAUGUUCCCAUUCUACUAGUCAAGAUCAAGAUCAUGAAAAAUAAUGGUUGAGAUAAUACCCUCACGCAUGUAUGUGAACUCGUCUUUACUUUCAUAAAAAUCAAAUAAAUUUGUGUUUCCAUCGCUU